AUGAGACUUCAUAUUGCUUCCGCGGCCGGAUUUUGGCCUAGACUUGCGCCUACUUUCUUCCUGCAACAGCUUGGCAGGUUUCGAUGGCAAUCCCUCAAUGAGUCGUGGAAGAGAGCCGUUAUUUCGUAUGGGAUUGCGAUAACCACUCUCCAACAAGCCCAGCGCUCAAUUCAGAUCCAAGAUAACGAAGUUGAUAUUCUCAGGGAGCUCGAGAACACAGGUCAUAUGGCAUGGGACCCAUACCAAUACCCAGAGUGGUUGCUCUUGGAAUGCGAAAGCGGCAUCAUCAUCCGAGAAGUGCAGCAUCAAAUUGCCAGGCAGAUGGUUUUACCUCCAAAUAAUGAAAAUGCUGUCAUGCAGCUCAUUAUGGGAGAGGGGAAAUCCUCUGUAAUUGUGCCAAUUGUAGCUACUGUUCUCAGUAAUGGUUCACAAAUCCUUCGCAUUAUCGUACCCAAACCACAAGCGAAACAAAUGUAUCAAAUGCUAGUAUCGAAACUCUCAGGACUGCUAGAUCGUCCAAUUUUCCGAAUGCCCUUUUCGCGAGCGGUGCGUAUGGACGAGAAUAGGGCAGCUGUUAUCCGUCAAUUGGCUCUACAAUGCAUGGAAGAUGGUGGGGUCAUGCUGGUCCAGCCGGAGCACCUGCUGUCGUUUCAAUUAAUGGGACUUGAAUAUCAGAUCAAUGGGAAGGAUCAAAUCGCUCGUUCGCUGUUAGAGCUUCAACGACUAUUUGACAAUUACUCAAGAGAUAUAGUCGAUGAGAGCGACGAGAAUUUCAGUGCCAAAUUCGAGCUGAUGUACACCAUUGGGCUUCAACAGCCGAUUGAACAUACUCCUAAUCGAUGGGUAGUGAUUCAAGAAGUGUUGACUAGAUUCGCCGGGAUCUGCUUCAACCUGAAAGAGUCAUUCCCAGAAUCGAUUGAUAUUGACAACCAGCAUCCUAUGAAAUUUCCAAGAAUUCGAAUACUUGGUACGGAUGCUGAGCCUGCCAUUCUUGACCGCCUUGCCGAGUCCAUCUGUGAGACCGGGAUGACCGGAUUUCCGGUCGCGCUACAGCGUACACAGACGAAGGAUGCUCUCCGUCGAUACAUCACCUCUCCCGACCUCACAGCUGAGGAGAUCAGCGCUGUUGAAGAGGCCCCAUUUUGGAGUGAAGCCACUGUCAAUAAUAUUCUACUUCUUAGAGGUCUCUUAUCAGGUGGCAUCCUCGCUUUCGCGUUCGGGCAGAAACGUUGGAGAGUCGACUAUGGCACAGAUCCUAAUCGCGAAACCAAAACCCGACUUGCUGUGCCAUUCCGAGCCAAAGACAGCCCCUCACCACGGUCGGAAUUCAGUCAUCCAGAUGUGGUCAUUAUACUCACAUGUCUAAGCUACUAUUACAAAGGUCUCCAGGAUGAAGAGCUUUUUGAGGCCCUUGGUCUUCUCGUUAGGUCAGACAAUGCCGAUCUUGAAUAUCAGGCUUGGGUGGAAACAGCGCCGGAAUUGGCACUUCCGUUCAAACGGCUCACGGGUAUUAAUAUUCGUGAUCGCGCACAGUGCAUCAACGAUAUCUUCCCAAAACUUCGCUUUUCCAAAGGCGCCAUUGACUACUUUCUUUCCCGCUUAGUAUUUGCAAAGGAAUCCAGGGAGUUCCCCCACAAGCUCUCAGCUUCAGGUUGGGAUCUAGGCAAGAAGAAAGCGAAUCCCACAACUGGCUUUAGCGGGACUAACGAUACUAGAUAUGUGCUACCAAUUGACAUCAAACAGUUGAACUUACCAGAGCAGAAUCACACCAAUGCGUUGGUGCUCAAAUAUCUGCUUCGUCCUGAAAAUGGCAUCAUGCUGACGCCAGAGGAGAUAACAGGAGCUACGUUGGACAGCAAAUCGCUCCUCAUGAUGGUGUCGCAGAUGAGCUCGAAUACCCGUGUCAUCUUAGAUGUAGGCGCACAGAUCAUUGACCUUGACAACCUCCGAUUUGCCGAGACGUGGCUCCAGUUUUACAAAGAUGAUGAAAAUGUUCAAGCUGUUGUUUUCUUCGGUGAUGCCGAGGAGCUGACAGUAUUGGAUAAAUCAGGCAAGACUGAGCCUCUUCAGAUAUCACCAUUUGCCACUCAAUUAGACCAGUGUCUUGUCUUCUUAGACGAGGCACACACAAGAGGCACGGAUUUGCGACUGCCUACAUAUUAUCAGGCAGCUGUGACUCUUGGCGCAAACCUGACAAAGGAUAAGCUUAUGCAAGCGUGCAUGCGGUUGCGAAAACUUGGAAGAGGUCAAUCAGUUGUAUUUUACGUUCCUAGAGAGAUUGAACAAAAAAUCAUACAGCAGCGAAGGUCUGAUUAUUUAGGCCCAAAAGAAGUUACUGUAUCCGAUGUUCUUUGCUGGGUCAUCUCUGAGACUUGGCGCGACCUGCGACGAACUGUUCCGCUGUGGUUGACACAAGGUGUUCGUUACUAUGAACAUGAGGCACUUUGGAUCCGAGAGGCGGAUUUCGAGGACGGAAUAGAGUGGGCCAAGAACUUUCUCGAAGAUGAGGCCCAGAGUCUCGAUAUACGGUACCGUCCUCAGGGUAGUGUUGCAUCGUCACAGCUGAUUAAACGCGCCGUGUCCGAUAUGAAGCCGCAAUUUCAACGCCGUUGCGAGGAGUUCGGUCUAAAGGACCUCCGAAGUUCGUCCCUACAGGAGGAGCAAGAGCGAGAGCUCUCACCCGAGAUGGAGCGGGAGCGACAGGUUGAGCCGCCUCCACAGGUUGAACCCGAGCCUCACUCCCGUCAUCCGGACCUCGAUUAUUUCAUCGCAAAUGGAGAACUUCCUACGAGCUUCAGCGCGUUCAAACCUGCCUUUCAGGCUCUAGCAGACACUUCAGCAGCAAAAUAUUUCAACGUGCGAGAGUUCCCCAGCAGCAUCUUGGUGACUGAAGACUUUGCUAGAACGGCCAAGACGAAUAAGGUUUUCUGCAGCGGCUUGGAUCUAUUCCAGCGGCCGGUGCAUUGGAUCCUGACAAGCACUGACCGGUCCAACAUUAUCAAAUAUGUGGUCAUUAUAAGUCCAUGGGUGGCGCACCAGUUUCUGCAAAAGAUUGAAGAGUCGAUUAAAGUGACUUUACACCUGUAUGCAGCAAGGAGCAAUCUCAGUUUCCAGUCGCUAGACCAGCUGACAUUGUAUACUGUGCCUCAGAGACCGAGUUUCCCUGUCCUUAGACGCAGCAAGAUGGCUGAACUGAACAUCUUCGCCGGCCAACUAUAUUUGUCGUCUUUCGGGGAAUAUAUUGAAGUAUGCGACACACUUGGCCUUACUUGGAACAAUGUUGAUGACUCUAUCAUCUUGGAACCAGACGGAUUUAUUCCUCCUGGUGCCAAUGGGAAUCUAGUGAAUAAGUCCGGAUUCACAAAAAGCCCUGUGCAAUUUUUGAAGGCGUUGAUCACGAAAAUUCGACGAAAUUGCGAAAAUGUCGAAAAGACACAUAUAGGCAAGAUUCUAGAUGGAGUUCUUUUACUAGAAAAGGAUUUUAAGGAGCUUAACUAG